AUGCCUCUCGUCGUUCCCGGUAUCAACAACAUCACCGACGAGGCCAAGACCGAGGAGUGGUCCAACAAGCUCGUCGGAAAGAAGCUCCACGACGAGGAGUCCAACGAGACCACGUUCUGCAAGAAGGACCUCCCCGAGCAAUGUCGCGUCAUCGAGCCCGGCAUGAUGGUCACCAAGGACUUCAAGCCCGACAGACUCAACGUGCACGUCAAGGAGGACGGCACCGUCUCCCACGUCAUCCACGGUUAA